AUGGCCGAUAUUCCGUCUGAGCCAGCCGCUUCCACCAAUGGAGUCGUGGAUCGCAAAACAAACAACACACCCGUGGCCGAUGGCACAGUUGAGAAAUCUCCAGAUGAUGGAAUCCCUAGCUACACUGUUAUGGGCGGACGCUGCGUCUGGCACUGGGCAGACGAACUAUCCGAAGCCGAAGGCUGGAUAGUCAUUGACGCGCCCGUGCCUACUUUCUCUGGCGGCGGCUUGUUUCUACAUGAGCAUACAACGCUCGAUGAAGUCUGCGACGUAGCUCAGUCCAUGAGCCUGAAGCUAGCUGUGAGCUGUCAGCCACAGGUCGUUGGUGCAAAAGGCGGCAUUCGGUUCUCCCCCCAGCACCCUCAAGCUCCUCAUGUCUUGGAGCGCUUUGUCCGCGACAAUGCCAGCAUCAUCGCUCAGUACUGGGGAACUGGAGCGGACAUCAAUACUGACCAUGCCAGCAUUGAUGAACACCCCAGAGCAUAUUGUCCUUCAGGUACUACGACUGCAUUAGAUGCACUCCGCAACUCGCUCGGUGGCGGUUCACCCCCUGACGAUGUCGCAUCUCUUCUCAAAGAGAGCUCCAACGCAACUGGAUGGUCUCUAGAAGAAUAUUGUGUUGGCUACGUCAUGGCAACCACUCUCAAGGAGGUUCUGACCCAUCAGAGACCAAACCUCAUUGGUAAGGUCAGGUUGAUGAUUCAGGGUUUCGGAUGUGUUGGCACCACAUUUGCUCUCGCUGCCGAGGAACUAGGCAUCGGCAGAGUUGUGGGAAUCUCCAGCCAGUACGGCUUCCUGAUCAACGAUGAUGGCAUCGAUUGUGGUGCCAUUGACAGGGCCCGUCGCACAGCUGUUAACAACGGCAGCCUUCAGGGCAAUGACGCGAGAAGCUUCGAAGCAGGACUCGGCCAGGCAGGACUGCACGUAACGCGGGAGAUCGGGUCAACUGAUGAGAAGCACCUCAUCAACUUUCUCGCUUGUGCCAGGGGAGAGGUUUUUGUUCCUUGCGCUCAGCGCUAUGUUUUGACAUCGAGAGUUAUCUCUACUUUGGCUGAUGAAACCUUUGCCCAAGCUCCUCUCGGAAGUCGAUUCAUCAUCGCCGGUGCCAACAACGUUUUCGAUCAGAGAGAGGGUGUCAAAGAUUUCGCAAGACAGCUCGACUCGGCAUCAAUUUACAUGCUCCCAGAAUGGGUUACCAAUUCGAGAACCGCAAAUCUCUUCAUGCGAGCCUGCAGCGGCCUCGCCCUGAAGGGGUAUGCCGUGUCCAAUCUGGAAGCAUCUGCUGCUGACACCAAAGCUUUUGUUCGUGCAGCUCUUUCCAGGGCGGGUUAUCACCAGGGAAACCUUGCUGUCUGGCAGGCGUGUAGGGACCUAGCUGUGGCCCGCAGAAAGGACGGCCCGGCGAAUCUCCUUGGGGUUAAGAGAAUGGCCCAUCUCACGAUGAGGACUUCGGAUCUCGAACGGGCUACCAGGGCCAUCACGACACUCUACAAUGCCAAGUCGAAUGUCGAUCGCACUCUGUUCCAACUCCCAGGGUCAGAUGACCCAACAAUCAGCAUCGCCCAAGUUCCAGACGACGCAUCUCAAGCAGAUAUUGGCCUUUCGGUACAACUCUCCGUGUAUAACUUGCAAAAGGCCAGAGAAGUUCUCAGAGCCGAGUCAAUCGCUUUCAAUGAGCUAAUUGUCGAUGAUGAGUUGACUGAACUUAUCCUUGAACCUGAACAAGUUGGAUAUCCCAUGAGUCUUUGUCAAGCACCACCUCAGGAACCGGCAAAGGAUAUGUUUACCUGUCCUUCCUAUGCACUGGGCUCUGUUAUCGGCUCAACGAUCCAGCUGGACCAUUACGCCUCAAUCAUGUCCGACACUGCUCCUAAAAAGGUGUUUCACGAGAAAAUGCUGGGAUUUACGCAUCUUCGUACGUUCACUGUCAAUGCUGGCUCUGCUCCUGAAGGACAAGAUGACGGGCUGAUGCACGUUAUAAGACUUCCACAAGACCAACAGCGAGUUCUCAUCCUUACUGAGGGCCUUUCCCCUGCUUCUGUCUUUUCGAAACUGCUAAGUCGUAAAUCGAGAUCACAUGUUCAUCAUAUUGCUAUGGAAGUAAAAGCUGUCGACCCCAUCUUCACUGCCGUGAGGGACAGAGGGUGGACUACUACUGCCAAUACGCCAAGCGUAGAUUUGGCUACUGGAUUUCGGCAGUUCUUUUUGUCUGAGAGCGAAACUGGUACCGUACUGGAAUUUAUUGAGCGUCGAGAUUCAGCCAAGGCCGACGUAUCCGUCGAUAGUGAUUCUGAAAGGAUCCAGCAACCAAAGGGCAACGGGGGCUACUCUGGGCAAGGAGAAUUCCGUACGGACAAUAUUGUUUCUUUGGCUCGUUCUCUGGAGAAUAGUCAAUUGAUGUGA